AUGUUUGGUUCAUCUGAUGAAUCAGAUGAACCAUCGCCGAAGCAAAGGCGCUCGAGAUCGCAAGACUCGGGCGCUCACAGUGGUGUCGGUUCUCCUAUGGACACCACUUCGCAACGAGGUGCCAGUCCUUCUGUCGGCACGUCGCAAGAAGAGCGGGACCGCAGUGUGUUGCGUCUCGCUCCAGAGAAAAAGGCAUGA